AUGCCGUCACUCGACGUAAUUCGGUCGGCCAAUGCGGAGCUGGCUAAUGGCGCCCCCUUGGUAGCCGCUCUGUCUGGAGGUACUACAGGAAUCGGCUCCUACAUUGCCAAAGCACUAGCGACAAUAUUCGCAAAGAAUGGUUCCAAACUACGCGUUUAUAUAAUUGGCCGCAAUGCUGAGCGUGCUGCGUCCGUCAUUGCUGAAGCACAGCAAAUCAGCCCAGGCUCUGACUGGCGCUUCAUCAAGGCAUCGGAUCUCGCGCUGAUUAGCGAAGUGGAUCGCUGUUGUGCCGAGAUCAUCGCGCAGGAGUCCCAGUCUCCUUUCCAUGAUUCAACGCCUCAUUUGGAUCUUCUUUACAUGACGCAUUGCUAUCCUAUUUUGAAGGAACGCUCUACUACAAAAGAAGGGUUGGAUAGCUUCAUCUCCACAACCUACUAUAGCAGAACACGCUUCGUCUUACAACUCAUGCCCUUGCUGACUGCCUCGCCUCUGCCUGGGCAUGUCAUCUCAGUCUACGCCGGUGGAUUCGAGGAUGGCACAAAACCAGGCGAGAAGCCAAUCGGUCUUCCACCGCCAGAGACCUACGGCGUGACGGGUGUACGGAAGCAUACUGGGUUCAUGAAGACAUUCUUCUUCGAAGAGCUUGCGGAGCGUUACUCGGGAAAGCUUUCUCUGACACACAUCUACCCCGGGCUUGUCGAUGGUCCAACAUUCUACAGCUCGGAGAUGCCCAGCUGGUUCCGCAUCGUAUGGCGGCUAUUGAAACCAUUGGCAAGUCUUUUCAUGACGUCCCCGGAAGACUGCGGUCAAGUGAUGAUAUUCAUUGGCACUUCGCGUUUCCCGGCACGAAGUACAGUCGAGGCUGAUGUCAAGUUUCCUGAUGGCUUGGGUGUUCCCUUGAGCACAAAAGGAGAGCUUGGUGGCGGGGCGUAUGCUGCUGGCCAGCGGGGAGAUAUCCAGAACCAGGGGCGCAUGUACGACAAGGUGCGCGAGGACGGGCUGAGUCAAGAGAUCUGGGAUCACACUAUGAAGACAUUGGAAGAAGCAGUUCAGCGGGGCGCAAAUGUACGAGAUUAA